AUGAGAAAUUUAGGCCUAAGAAAACAACUUCAUUUUGUUAUUUUACUAUCAGAGACAAUACGCACAAAGGAGGUUACUUGCCCUGCCUCUGUGCCCACUAUGAAAGAGGUACCAACUUGUCCAACAACUUCAAAAGCGCUUGAGACAUUAAUGAAAAUGAAAAACUGUGAAAGCAUAUCCACCUUACAAAACUGCACAAAAGCCUCAAAUUUUCGAUACCACUGUGUGCUGCAAAUGGAUCUGAAAAAACUUGUUGAAGUAUGUGCGCCAUCUAUAUAUUCACAAGGCAAAUGCGUUGGAUUUGAUACUGUUGGGAAAAGAAUUCAACAAAUUGAAGAAAAAUCUUGCCAGUAUUACAAAAAUCCUUGUCCCAUUGGAUUUUCAUCGUGGAAUUCAUCUGCCUAUGCCGAUUGCUAUAUGCUGUUGACAGAAUUAGAAAAAAAUGAUGGUAGAACAACGGGAAGUAUAACAGAAAAUGUUUGGUUAAUUAUUACAACUGUGGCGGUUGCUGUGCUUGUCCUCGUGUUAUCUGGCAUGGUUAUCAUUAUCAUCAUCAGGAAACAAAGAAAAAAACAGACAGGGGGUAUCAAUGAUGGCGUGUUCAGUUCUAAACAUAAUGUCUUAGAUAUCUCCAGUGAAUCACGUGCUAUAGCCGGGAUAUUUUGUCACGUGGUGAUUUGCCGGAUGAUUUCUGGAGACUAUGCUGCAAGUGGCCAGCUGGAAGUUGAAGAAAAGAAAGAAGUUUCUGUGAAUUCUGAGGAAGAACAAAGUCAUUUAUGCAAUGACACUGAUGCAGACAUAUUCGACACUGAUAUUAAUGCGACAGAUAAUGACGAAGUAUUUUUUGUCUUGGAUUCGGAGAAAACUGAGGGAUUUGAUAAGUUGAGUUUUGAAAAAGUGUUAACAAAGUACGAACUCCAAAGUGUUGAAAAGAUCUUUAAGAAGAAUGACAUCGACUGCAUUCAAAGUUUUGUUGGCAUGUCAGGCGAUGAACUUGAUAACCUUGGACUUACAAUAGGACAAAGAAAGAAAUGUUUGUCAGUAAUCAAAAUCUUAAAUAAUCGCAACACAGCAACUGUUUCUGCGACAAAUAUCACGGACAGAAAGUUGAGCUACUCACUAGCAAAAAAUCCUCAAUCCUUAUCUAAUGUUUUCUAAUAUUCUAAAUUUCCCAUCAUCGAC